AUGCCACUUCGACGACCGCCAGAAUGGGGUUCUCACGAAGCGUACGAGCUGCCCAAGCUCUCCUCGAGUUGCAUGUCGAGAUUCGAGGAUGACUGCAAAUCGAUCCCAGCACCAGCCGAUUCACAGGAGCCGCCCGAAGUGCCCGUCAAAGAGGCUCUGGCUGUCAGAUUCUGCCCAUACCAGCCACUCGACGCGCCAGUGUUCGCAGUCAUCACCAAGAAGCACAUCGUCGUAUACCAACUUCCAGCAGGUCAAGAAUCGGGCGACGGCGAGGUCCUCACAAUCCUUCGCGAUGCCGACGGAAUCAACGACCUCAACACCUGUCCAGACAACUCGGAGCUGAUUCUAUCUGCCUCUACAGAUACUACGGUGCGAGUUUGGAGUUUCGACCCCAUUCACAACGAGCAACCGUGUCUCUUCAUCUUGGGGGGAGAGGGACACAAGUCUGAUGUGGAAUCUGCGGCCUGGCACAGCAAGGGCCGCUACAUAGUAUCCGGCGGUAUAGAUUCUUGUGUGAACCUGUGGCUGGUCCCCGAGCUGCCUACCGCACCCGUGGAUAGUCCUGCCCAGGUCAUCUGGCCUCACUUCUCCACGGUUGCGCUGCACAGCGCCAUCGUAGACUGGCAAGACAACGUGAUCAUCAUGUGGGAAAUCAUGGGCUUCUCCUCCGAGGACGAGCCCGAUACCGACAUUGCUCCCUUACCAGCCAUCCACAGACCAGGCAACAAGGACCCCUCACAGCUCACUCGGUCCGCCUUUGUGCCGCGCGUCACGCCCGAGUGUCCCACGCAGUUUGAGAAGCGCAUGCAGUUCUCGACGCCCAAAGUGAACGAGUUCUUCUACACAUUCUUCGAGCUCCACGACCAGCCGGACCAGCACCCGAUCCUGACCUUUGCCAACCCGGCCGGCAGCGUGUACUUUUGGAGUCUGCAACGCAUCGUGGAGUACGACCGCAUCUCAACUCUGAUGCGUAAGAGCAAGAAGAGGAAAGAGGCAAAGUACCUGCCACGAUGGCUACGACCUGACACAGGCAACCCGGCCACCGAUACAGAGGUCUCGUACAACUAUGAUGAGUUUAGAGAAGCUUGGGAUGACAAGUACACCAUGGUGGAUGGCCAGCAUGCCCUCGAGCCGCAUGUGACCAUCAAUGUCCCCAGGUCGAGGUCAGGGAACAAUAAGUUGGAACCAGACUUCUUCGGAAGGCAGAUCUCAUGGAGUCCCAACGGGGAGUGGUGUGUCGUGUCAGGGUCUUUGAAUCGUGUUCUGAUGUUGCGGCGCUGGCAUACCCCUCAGCAGGAGUCGAGCACCACGAGUAGUUAG